AAUGUCACAAAAAUCUCUAUUAGUGUUGCUAUUAGUAACAAUAGCAAUUGCUACAGAGAGUCCUCCUCUUUAAAAAUUAAGAAAUAAAUUAGAAUCAAAUGAACAUAAUUCAUAAUUAGUUGAUAUGUUGGAAUUAAGUGCUUAAGGUGGAUAAUUAGAUAAAGUUUUUGAAUUGUUAUAAAAAAUGAUUGAUGAUAUAACAGGAUAAAUUAAUUCUGCAAAUUUAGAACAUGCUUCAAGAAUGGCUACAUUUUAAUAAAGCAUUAAAUAAUUAGAAAGCAAUUAAGCAUCAUUAUAAAAUGAAGUUUAAACAACAAAUAGAAAAAUAGGAGAAAUAACAUAAUCAAUUUCAACUCUUACAUCUUCUAAUGUUUCUGUUAAAAAAUAAUUAGAAUCUAUAAAUUAAAGAGAAGAAUAAAUUCGUGAUAAUAGAGCUAAAGAAAUAUAAGCUGUAGAAACUAAAUAGACAGCAGCAUAAAAGAUUUUAGGAGCUUUAGAAGAAAUUCAUGAUAGAUUAGUAAAAGCAGUUCUUUCUAAUUAAGUUUUAUUUCUUGAGGAAACAGAAAAAAUAAGAAAUAAUAUAAUAAGUUAAGUAAGAAUUAGGACAUAAACAUCCUUUAGCUUUAUUAUUAGAAUUGUCUUCUAAGUAAAUGUAUGACAAUAAUGAAGAUUUGAUGAAAUAACAGCAAGAAAAGCAAUUGAAUUAAUUGAAUAAAUAAUAGCAUCAAUAAAGGAUGGUUAUCAAUUUAGAGAAUAAAAUUAAACAGCAG